AAAAAAAAGGGAAAAAGUUAGAAAAAGAUGGAUCUGAACGAGUUUGAAGAAAUUGGGCAAUAUAUCUUGGACGCUGUCUGUAUCCGCGACAUCGGCCCAGUUUUCAAUAACAAUUUGGCGCACAGAAUUGGCCGAACAUGUAUCGACUGUGCAUUUAAAAUGGUCCCGGAAGCGAAGGAGAUGUGGUUCUUUAUGGGAUGGCACAACCAUGUAUCCAAAAAUACAGAUAUCAACUAUAUCCACUGCAUAAUAUGCAGAAAAGUGCUAUGCAGGAUGAGACCAGCAGCCUCCUGCACUAGCUGCAGAAGUAGACUAUUCGCAGCCGACAAUGAACAUAAGGAAACCUUUCGUGAAGGAUUUAUUUUGCCGACUCUAGACCCUAACAUUUUUCCAUUAAAGGAUGUUGUUGUGCAAAAUGAAGAGUACAGAGUCAUUACUCAUAAUUAAUAUUAAUCCAUGUUUUCUUUCUUUUAUAAAAUACUUUAUUCAUUUAAAUAUAUAUAUAAUUAUUUUUCUUCUAUAAACGAGUGAAUUUAUUUAUUUCAAAACUCACGAACCAUAUUUAUUUCGUUCGAUUUAUAAUUGCGCAGAAUCGCAAGUCCGCCAUAUUAGCAUAGAAAGAGAUAGAAACAAAGAGCGACAAAGAAAGCUAUACAAGGCGACGCUACGCACGCACCGCUACAUUCAAUUUAUAAAGAGCGAAAAUGGUGCGACGCGCAGGACGACGCGAACGUUUAAAAAGAUUAAGAAGAGCAUUAAAACAGUUCAGAGAGGUAGAAUUAUACUUUUAAUAAUUUAUUUCAUUUAUUAAUUAUUUGUUUUCUACAAAAUUUUCAAAGAUGCCAGUACAAGAAAAAAUAAAAUCACCGCAACCACCACCACCACCACGAUGGAGGUUAGUCAUGAUCGACAUACCAGAAUUCGACUGGCAAGCAUACAGACGGUUACAAAAAGAGGACCCUAGAAGGAAACAUGGAAAAGUUAUUCGCUACUUUGGAGUCCUAUCAGCAUCCCCAAGA